GCCUGCAAAGCCAUGGUGAUGUCGGUGGUGUCGCCGCGGCGAUGGAUCCCGGAUUCCGUCCUCCAGAGCGUGUUCGCCUACUAUGGCGGAGGCCAAGGCGAUCGGCAGCCGGUGCGAUGCUCGUUCAACGCCGGCCCCUGCGACGGAGAGGACGAGGCGGCGGAAUGGGGGAAGUUGAAUGGGGCCGUGGAUCUAGCCCAGAUCGGGGCGGAUCGGCAUAAGAAUGUCCUUGUGCUCAUGAGUGACACGGGCGGAGGGCACCGCGCUUCUGCCGAGGCCAUUCGCGACGCCUUCCAGCUCGAAUUCGGCUUCGAGUACCGGGUUUUUGUGAAGGAUUUGGGGAAAGAGUAUGCAGGUUGGCCCCUGAACAACAUGGAAAGAACCUACAAGUUCUUAAUCAAGCAUGUUCGUCUGUGGAAGAUGGCCUUUCAUGGCACCUCACCUCGCUGGGUUCAUUGCUUAUACCUUGCAGCCCUCGCUUCCUACUAUGCCAGGGAAUUUGAAGCAGGUCUGAUGAAGUAUAAGCCAGAUAUAAUUAUAAGUGUUCAUCCCCUCAUGCAGCACAUACCUCUAUGGGUGCUUAAAUGGCAGAUGUUCCAGAAAAGAGUCAUUUUUGUUACUGUGAUCACAGACCUUAAUACAUGCCACCCUACAUGGUUCCACGAUGGUGUGACCAGAUGCUAUUGCCCCUCAGAGGAGGUGUCGAAAAGAGCAUCGCUGGAAGGGUUAGAACCUUCUCAGAUCCGUGUCUUUGGUUUGCCGAUUAGGCCAUCCUUCUGCCGUGCAAUCGUGAACAAGGGUGAUCUAAGAGAAGAACUGCAGAUGGACUUCCAUUUACCUGCUGUUCUAGUGAUGGGAGGUGGAGAAGGUAUGGGACCAGUCAAGGAAACUGCAAUUGCUCUUGGAGAAGCACUCUUUGAUAAAAAGCUUGGCAAACCUAUUGGACAAAUUGUCGUCAUCUGUGGACGGAACCAAUUCUUACAGUCUUCAGUGCAAUCGAUCCAAUGGAAAGUUCCUGUGAAGAUCAAAGGAUUUGUGACGCAAAUGGAGAAAUGGAUGGGAGCCUGUGAUUGCAUCAUAACAAAGGCGGGACCAGGCACAAUAGCUGAGGCUUUGAUAAGGGCACUUCCUAUCAUUCUAAAUGACUUCAUCCCCGGACAGGAGGUUGGCAACGUUCCUUAUGUAGUAGACAAUGGAGCAGGAGUGUUCUCUGAUAACCCUGAGGAGACGGCCAGCAUAGUGGCUAGAUGGUUUGGUCCUGGAAAAAAGGAACUAAAGAAAUUCUCUCAUAACGCACUCAAACUAGCUCAACCUGAUGCAGUUUUCAACAUUGUCAGAGACAUCCACAAGCUGGCUAAGCAGAAGGUUCCAACUUCGUGUACCUCUUAUUCUUUGACUUCAUCCUUCUCGUACCCUAUGUAGUGUUCAUUGUUUAGAAUAGGUAAAGCAUCACUAAUUCUUUGGCCUGGAGCUGCACCUUACAAUUUGACAAGGCAAGCAAUUUGGUUAGGGUAUCCAGUGGGUCUUCAUAUUCUUCUUGCCAGCAUAUACAAAUGUUUCUAGUGGCAAUUGUAUGCUAUUUACUUGUGUGACAUGUAAAUUGUAGACUGAUUGAUAGAUCAUAAUCCAGCAUAUUAGUGCCUCCUUUUGGAUUA